AUGGUGUCUGUGCUCCAAAAUGUAAAGGCAACAAUGGCCUGGCGCAAACAACAGCUCCUAGCUGACUUCGAUGAGAAUGAGAGCCCUGUACCUGACAAAUUCAAGAGAGGGACUUCUUUGAGUUCACUCAAUACCAUUCGCAUGUCUCUAAGGAAGCGAGUACCAUUAAAGCAAGUAGAGCUGAAUUUUCGUAAGACCCCAGCUUGGGAAAGUCUGGAAGCAAGACAGAAGUGCCAACCACUUCAGAGUAUUAAAAAAACGGCAAAAAAUGCUUUUGGAACAGUGUCCCAGAAGAUACAGAAGUCUUGCCAAGGCCCACGACACUCAGUGGUGACCUUUCCAGCUGAAUCCAUCAGCAGACGCUAUGCGACCAGUUCUACCAAGAAAAGAAGUACUACACCUCGAACCCCUUGCCAUAAGAAGAGUGUUACUCCAGCAAACAGUUCCAAAGGCACCCCAAGAUCCAGCAAAAGAGUCUUGCUUGGGCCAGCAAGGGUGUCAGAACAUCAAGAGUGGCGGGGUUUCUCAUCCUGGCUUGAUAAAGAUGCUGUCUCUCUCCGGAGAUCAACAAGAGCAGCAGCACUGAAGAGCCCUUAUUCAUCACCUGCUUCUGCCAGCAGAAGGAUAGAGUUUGACAGAGAGUUGGAGCUGGUCUCCUCAGGAAUUUGCCAACUGAAGCGUAUCUCCCAGGCAUUUGAUGAUGCCAUUGUGCAAGACAAGAGGCAACACGCAAUAUUGAACGACUACUACCUAACGGCACAAAACUUGUCUGCGCGUCGAUCUCAGAAACUUUCUCAAGCUAUCAGAAGGCAAGCAAAGAAACUCAUCGAGCACUUG